AUAAAAUUGAACAGUCUACAUACAUUAUUGUGCUCACAAAGGAUGAAGAAAAAUUGUUCGAUCCCAUCACAACUGGAUGGAAAAUCAUAGUUUCUCAACUUUCAAAUAUGAAUGGUUCAAUUGAUUUAACAUUAGAAGAUGAGCCAACUCAAGUUUAUGAAGAAUAUUAA